AUGCCUGUCGGGUGCCACUAUGACGGGUGGCGCGCGUCGCUUUGUCAAAGUGGGCAGCGAGUGCGGGGUCCUGUCCGAGAUACAAAGGAAGAGGCAGAACAGGAUAUGGCGUGCUUGCAAGCGGCCGGUCGGGAAGGCGUGCCGGAUCUUCGGGCGUGCGCGCUUGCUCUCAUAGCAGAACAACAGGCUUGCGUCUCCAGCAGACGUAGAGAGGACGCGUCAUACCAAACUCUGGUGGACGUUAUUUCUCAGUGGCUGAAGCAAGGGCAUUGUGCCAGUCUUCCUCGUGGCUCCAAACCUUUGGCGGCUCUAGCGAGUCGGGUGUGCCGGCUGGAGGAGGUUUAUCCAGAGCUCUGCAACUGUGCGAAAUCGUUGUUCUCCGAGCAUCUGGCCAUGGAAGCUGUGGCCGAGCAGGAGGACGCGAAAUGGUUGCGCGAUCUAGGCAUUCAUUUUCGUCUGGACUACGGCAGUCGUCCUCUGCACACAUCCGGCUUGGAUAGUAGCCGUGCAUAUGUCGGCCUGAGGAAUCUUGGCAAUUCUUGCUGUUUCAAUUCUGUGCUGCAGUGCUUUUUCGGCUGCGGGCCUUUGCGCGAAGAUGUUUCGAAGCAAGCGCCGCCGAAGGAUCCUUUGGCCGUGCACGUGCAGCGUCUGUUUCGGCAGCUGUCGGGGAAGGAUGGAGAGUGGGAUUACGUCUCGCCUGCAGCCGUGCUGCACCAGCUGUACCUGACCAAUGACGUCGCUUUUGAGCCUGGCGGGACUGCGGAUGUUGUCGAGUGCUGUCAUUUGCUGCUGAACUCCUGUGUGUCGGAGACUGCAUUUCGGCAACCUGGCCACUGUCUAGGCGCGCCUGAGCAUGAAGGAGGCAUUUACCUCUUGCCUCGGAUUCCUGCACGGUCCGGUGAAAGCGGGACGACUAUCGCAGAUCUUUUGCAUGCGAACUUGAGUGUGGACUCUUGGCCGUCGACAUCCGCAGUCGUCCUUCGCGUGGAGCAGGACUCGGUUGGCGCUCUGAGCUGGACUGAGGUGGACGCCGUUUGCAAGGGGGGGGGGGCAGGGCGGACAAGAAAUGCAUAUAUCCUGUUGCCAUGCAGCCGUUUUUUUCAAGAGAACUUGGAAAAGAUGAAGCCUGCCUGGGCUACGGCCGUGGAGCAGGCAUUGAAGAAGGAUGCUCCGGCAUUGGAGAGAUGGACGGAGAUCGAAACUAUCCUGCAGGAGAACAGGAAGUGCUACAGGCAGGUGCUGCGGCCGGGUCAAGUCCUGGUGCACCCGUCGAAUCGCCCAGGGUUAGGAUUGAAUGGAGCCCAAGUUCACAAGACAGGGGCCCAAGUGCAAUCUGUAGGCUUCAGCUCCAUGGAGCUGAAGCGAAGUGUUUGCAUGGAAAUAUCCACGGAUAGAGCUGUGAGCCAAAAGGCCUUUAGUUUCAACAAGCGGCAAGUGGAUAUGAAUGCAGGGCUGCUAGCUGAGGUGCGAGGCGAUGAGCGAUACAUGUCGUUAGCAUGCAGUCACUUUACGGCAUUUUGCCGUGCCUGCAUUGCAGCAUGUCCCUCGGACCAAGAGACGGUGUCGGACAACGGCAAGCUCACGUUGCAGCGAUUGUCUACGGACUUUCGGCAGGCCGUGGAUAAUGGCGAGCUGGAGCUCGCCAUGGCGAUGGUGACCCGAGCAAAGUUGCUGGCAGAGCAAGGUUUGUGCAUCGACUGGGAUGUUGUGCAAGCUGAUGUAGCAGGCACGGUGCCGGAUGCCUCGCCGCAGACCGUGGCCGCUUGCGGGUUGUUCUGCAGAUUCUAUGCAGGAGGAACCGAAGCACCUCUGCUGAAGUUUUUGCACGACUUUUCCUUGAAAUAUGGGGCAAGCAAAAGAUUGGGAGAGGAAUUCAUGUCCACGGUCGCCGGCCUCCGGUUUGCAGGGCAGGAGCGAUCGCAUGCUUUCGCGAGGGCUGCGAUGAUCGCGACGAACCUGACAGCCACAAAAGUGGUAGACGGUGUGGCUCGGCUGCUGAACAAGAGUGAUGUCAGCAGGCUCUGUGCGAAAGGCAUGGAAGAUGCUGUAAAGGAUUGGGAGGAGCUUCUUGCUCGUGCCUGGGCUCACACUCAGAAUGUGACGGAGGCAAGUGCACGUGCCAAGGCAGUUGAGUGCUUCGGUCGCCUGAUGGUUCGCAGCACCCUCUUCAUGUGCAAGAAAGAGAAGUCGGGGCAAGAAGGCCUUGAGCACGGGUCCUUGGCCAAUUUGCUGACUUUGUACGAACACGAGAUGGGUGGCAAGAGUGCCGGUGCAACACCGGCUGCUGCUACAAAAGAUGGGCCGUCUGAUGCGGCCCCUGCGACCUUGGAGAACAUGCAGGACCCGGCCUUCCUCAUGAAGCUGCAAGGCUUCGCAGAGGGGAACCUGUACAAAGGCAAGCAGAAGUAUCAGGACAUCUGGCCCUGGAAGCUGGAGAAAAUCGGCCAGAGCCACGGCUCUUUCUCGCUGUCUUGCCCAGUGAGCUGGGACAAGAAGGUCGAGGUGCCUCUGAGCGAGCUGAAGAAAUUCUUCGAGCUGCAUAGCGGAGAGUUCUUCGAGCUCUGCUGCGAGUAUUUCCUGAAGUACUCGCAGUGUGAAGAGGAGUUGACCUUUCUGAAGAAUCCCACGUGCUGUGUGUUGGAGGGCAAAGCCAAGACAGGCAAGCUGACGAUCUUCCCCUUCACGGAUCAGAUUUCAAAGAUUGGCUUAAAGCCGGCAGCUGGCAGUGUGGAGGUUUGGCAUUCGGCCACGGGCACAAGCCUGUAUAUUUCACCCCCGGCUGCAGCCGCAAGUUUGCUAUCUGCCUUCUGGCAGAUCCCGGUCGGCUCAGAGCCGAAUCUGGCGACAGUCCUUCUGAACGAGAAGGGCUGGAAGAUUCCCAUUUUGAAGAACACUGCUCCGCUGAAGGAGUGCAUCCUGUACAGGCCGAAGCCUGCCGAAAGUUUGAGGGCCUCCGCCCAAGAGCUGGAUCAAGGAUCCGCUGCCUCGCGAAAGCGAAAGGGUCCUUGA